AUGAUGAUAACCUAUCCAGAGACGGAUGAAGAGACUUCCCUUGUUCGAAUUACCUCAACCAAUGUUCCUCUCGCGCUAAACGCAGAAACCUCUUCGGUUCUGCUAUGGAGAAGCACAAGACAGAAGCGACCGCCUCCACUUCACACCCGGGCUUUAAUUCAUUCGUUCUUACAGUUACUUAUUUUUCUUCUCAUCCUUAUUUAUUCAGUUUUCUCUCUUUUACAUCUCCUGUUCGUCUUUCUUCAUCUUGCUUAUUUUUAUUUUUGGCUUUCUUCUUUCUCUCACGUCUUUCAUUUUUUCCCCCUUUUUUCUUCUAAGUUUUUCUUAUCCUGUACUUUCUCUUUCUUGCUUAUCUUUCUCCUUUUCCUUAUCUCCAUUUCUUUGAUUUGCUCCCUUCUUCACCUUAUUUUAGCCCAUGAAAUCAUUUUAUUGUCUCUUUAUCUGCAUCUUCUUUCCCCCUUCUCUUUUUCCUUCUCUUUCUCCUUUUUUAUUCUCUUACUCCUUUCCUUUUUCUUCUUUAUCUUUCUUUUAUUUCUUCUUCUUAUCCUUAUUCUUUUUAUGCUCGUUAACCGUUUCCCCCCCUUUUUUUUUUCGUUUUCUUUUCUUUGUUUUCAUCUUUUGCAUUUUCUUCUUGAAAUAAAUGCAAUAAAAGAAACUUUUUGGCUUCCAUAUAUUUUAAUCUUCUUCCUUGUCCUAUUUUUUCUAUCUCUUCUUCGUCUUUCUCUUCUUUCUUUGUUUUUAUUUCUUUUCUUCUUUCUCUCUUUUCCUAUCUUUUUGGGCCUGUCUCCUCUUUCGUUUGUCUUGCAUUUUUCUUCUUUCUUAAUAAAUACACUUAUUACUCUCUCCACUCACAUACAUUCUUCUUUUCGUCCUUAUUCACGUCGUUUUACUUUCUUUUUUCACUCCUCUUCCUUUUCUUUUCCGUCUUCUUUUUCUUUCCAGCUUGAUUUUUAUUCGUUACUUUUCACCAUCCUUUUCUUCAUUCUGCGUCCUGUUUUUUUCUUCUCUUUUCUCUUCUUAUCACUAUCCUUAUUCAUCGACUUUUCUCAUUCUUCCAUUCCCAUUUUUUCUUUUUUCCUCCUCUUUUUCCCCAUUCUUUAUUUCUUUACUUAUCACCAUUUUCCCCUUUUUUUUCCUCACCACACUUUCUUUUUCGUUCUCUUUCCCUUCUCACCCUUAUCAGCUUCUUUCUUUUCCUUCUCCUUUUUGUCAUCCAUUUUUAUUCUUCCUUUCUCUUUUUUAUUAUAUCAACAAAACUUUCCUUUCUUAUUGGUCUUUUUAUUUCAUCGUUCUUUUCUUUAUUUUUUCUUUACUCAUAAUUUUUUCAUCUCAUCUUUUUCUUUAUUUUUAUCUCAUUUAAAUUUUUACUACUCAUCUUUUCCUUCUUACAUCGUUUUUUUUUUUUUUUCUUCAUUUAGCCAUUAUUCUUCACUUCCUUCUAUUUUUCUUCUUUCAAUCUUUGUUCCUCCUUUUCCGAUUUGCAAUCCGUUUUUCUUCGUCUUCCUUCUUUUCCGAUUUCCACUUCUUUUUUUUUUUCUUCGUCUUCAUUUUUUUCCAAUUGGCACUUUCUCUUUUCUUCCCUGUCCCUCCUUCCUUUGUCAGCUCAUAUUCAUUCUAUUCUAUUUAUCUAUCUAUCUAUCUAUCUAUCUAUCUAUCUAUCAUGCUGUCUAUCUAUCUAUCUAUCUAUCUAUCUAUCUAUCUAUCUAUCAUGCUGUCUAUCUAUCUAUCUAUCUAUCUAUCUAUCAUGCUGUCUAUCUAUCUAUCUAUCACGCUAUCUAUCUAUCUAUCUAUCUAUAUCUAGAUUGUUAUCUCCCUUUAACUUUCUCUCUCUCUCUCUCUCUCUCUCUCUCUCUGUGGAUCUUCUUUGAUGCACAGCUCAGCCUACCACCGCAACUAUAUUUUUUGCAAGCGGAUGUUCUUGGGUUUGUGGCGGCCAUCUUCUCCUUUGAACACUGUGAAGAUGACUUGGACUGCCGUAGCGGUCGUGUUUGCAAGAAUUUCACAUGUGAGUGUGCUGACGAGGACUACUGCCUGGGUUUGAACAAACCAGUGUGCGGAUCAGAUGGUAUCCUCUACCCAAGUCAUUGUGAACUGCAUCGUGUUGCCUGUACCAUUGAGAAACACAUUAAGGUUGAUACUAAAGGAGUUUGCCUUCAAAAAAUCUCAACAGACACCAAGCCUGUUGUUCCAAAACUCGGCUCUGUCAAAAAAGACAUUGAAGAACUAACCACAACAGCUGCUCCAGUAAAACAGACUCCUCAUAUGGAACCAAUGAAACACUAUGACAUUGAGGUUCAGGCCACAGAUGAGAUGCUUAAGGUGAAAAUCAACAGGGAUUUGUGCAAUAAACAGGAAUAUUUGCAGUUCAAAGAGAAAUUGUUGCACUUCCAUUGUGACCGAUUCCAGGAACCAGACUGCAACCAGGAUACAAAGGAAUGUAAGUAA